ACGGCCCUGGGCCAAAUGGUUUUACGAUCGUUUUCGCUUCGGGAUCUACCUACCUGCCUGCGAUUAUCUACGUACCUCAUAAAGAUCUUGACUCCGCGGCUUAUGGAUUGCACUUUUCAAACCAGACCAAAACCAGACCACUGUUCGUGCUUCGAGUGUGUGCGUGGUCCAAAAUAAAUAUGCUAAUUUCUUUAUGCACGCGCUAAGUCGAAUCGGGCUGAUAACGCUGUCAUAUGGAGCGAUAUAGGUGGCUUUGGGCCAAAGAGGUCUAGUGGAAAAGUUCGGGUUCCUGGGGGCUCUGCUAUCAGUGCGAUACGGUCCGCGGCGAGGAGAAGAUUGCGUCCAUAACUCGCAUCGAGUGGAUGAAACAUAUAACAGACAUAUAAACGUUUGGCUGACGACCCGUGUUCGCAACCACCCCUCACAAUGAGAUUCCAGCAGCUCCUGCAAGUCCGCAGAUUGGCCAGCGCCGGGGCCACCACCUUGAUGAGGCGACCCACCACUGGCGCCGCCCUGUCCACGGCCAGCACCCACCCCACUGUGAGCAGCGCUCACAUGGCCACCACCGUGCGCACGAUGGCGGGCAGCGGGGCCCCGAUUCCGGAACUCACCGAGAUCACGGACAAUGUGCAGCGCGGCAACUACGCCACCUUGACCGACAAGGAUGUGGCGCACUUCGAGCAGCUCCUAGGCAAGAACUUUGUCCUCACCGAGGACCUGGAGGGCUACAACAUCUGCUUCCUAAAGAGGAUUCGAGGCAACAGCAAGUUGGUGCUGAAGCCCGGCAGCACGGCGGAGGUGGCCGCCAUCCUGAAGUACUGCAACGAGCGUCGCCUGGCGGUGGUGCCCCAGGGCGGCAACACGGGCCUGGUGGGCGGAUCCGUGCCCAUCUGCGACGAGAUCGUGCUGUCGCUGGCGCGCCUCAACAAGGUGCUGUCCGUGGACGAGAUCACCGGCAUCGCCGUCGUGGAGGCGGGCUGCAUCCUGGAGAACUUCGACCAGCGGGCCAAGGAGGUCGGACUGACGGUGCCGCUGGAUCUGGGCGCGAAGGCCAGCUGCCACAUCGGUGGCAAUGUGUCCACCAAUGCGGGCGGCGUGCGUGUGGUGCGCUACGGCAAUCUGCAUGGCUCCGUCUUGGGCGUGGAGGCGGUGCUGGCCACCGGCAAGGUCCUCGACCUGAUGUCCAACUUCAAGAAGGACAACACGGGCUACCACAUGAAGCACCUGUUCAUCGGAUCCGAGGGCACACUGGGCGUGGUCACGAAGCUGUCGAUGCUCUGCCCCCAUUCCUCGCGAGCGGUCAACGUGGCCUUCAUCGGGCUGAACUCCUUCGACGACGUGCUGAAGACCUUUGUCAGUGCCAAGCGGAAUCUGGGCGAGAUCCUCAGCUCCUGCGAGCUGAUCGACGAGCGGGCCCUGAACACCGCCCUCGAGCAGUUCAAGUUCCUCAACUCCCCCAUCUCGGGCUUCCCCUUCUACAUGCUGAUCGAGACCUCGGGCAGCAAUGGCGAUCACGACGAGGAGAAGAUCAACCAGUUCAUCAGCGACGGCAUGGAGCGCGGCGAGAUCCAGGACGGCACCGUGACCGGUGAUCCCGGCAAGGUGCAGGAGAUCUGGAAGAUCCGCGAGAUGGUGCCGCUGGGCCUGAUCGAGAAGAGCUUCUGCUUCAAGUACGACAUCUCGCUGCCCCUGCGCGACUUCUACAACAUCGUGGACGUGAUGCGGGAGCGCUGCGGUCCUCUGGCCACCGUCGUCUGCGGCUACGGCCACCUGGGGGACUCCAAUCUGCAUCUGAACGUCUCCUGCGACGAGUUCAACGACGAGAUCUACAAGCGGGUGGAGCCGUUCGUCUACGAGUACACCUCCAAGCUGAAGGGCAGCAUCAGUGCUGAGCACGGCAUUGGCUUCCUCAAGAAGGACUACCUGCACUACUCCAAGGAUCCGGUGGCCAUUGGCUACAUGCGCGACAUGAAGAAGCUGCUGGACCCCAACGGCAUCCUCAAUCCCUACAAGGUGCUCAACUGAAGUGAUAAGUCGAUAGGUCUACAGUCGUGUGUUUUUUUUUUUAAUUUCCAUAAAUAAAAUGCUUUAAAACUAA